AUGGACCCCCAGCACCCUGUGUAUGUCCCGGGGGAGCGUAUCACACUCAGAUGCUUGGCCCCUGGUGGGGAGGCAGUGACCAGCUACCAGUUCUACAAUCCACGCGGGGAACGGGUCUUCACGGAAACUACUGGCCUGCCCGGGGUGCCCUGGCUGGUCCUGAUGGCUGAGACGGGGAAGACCGGGAUGUACAGCUGUGAGUACUGGGCAGCGAGAGACGGACAGACCCUCUACUCUGCACGCAGCCAGCCUGUCUGGAUAUCAGUGAUGGAUUUCCCUCUUGCUCCUUCCAUCUCUGUGAAUUCUGAUCCCCCCAGGAAGAGCCCUGUUACCAUCAUAUGCUCGGCCCCUCCGGGACACAUGGCUGAAAGCUACCAGUUCCUGAGGCAGGGGAAUGUCAUUAUCUCACAGCCGGGUGCCCGUCUCCAGCUCCGUCAGUCUGAUUUGGAUGCUACCGGCCCUUACACCUGCAGCUAUGAGAUCAGUGUCUCAGGGAGAAUGAUCCAGUCACUGCCGAGUGCCCCCCUCUCAAUCCAUCUGACAGGGCCUUCUGUGCUCCCGGAAACCUUUCGUCCAGCUCUGCGGCUGUCCCCAACGGGUCCUGAGUUCACCACCGGAGAUUCUGUUACCCUGACGUGCUCAGCUCCCAGCUGGGAGAAGAAGAUGCAGUUCUGCUUCCUCAAGGCUGGGGAACAAGUUGCAUGCACAAGACAGGUGCUGGAGGACUCUCAGAGUUACCAGAUUGGCAGACUCGGCAUGGAGGAUUCUGGCUCGUACACCUGUAUGUACCGGGUAGCCGAACCUGGGCAGGAGAUCUCCUCCCUAGAGAGCCAGCCCAUCUCCAUCACAAUCACAGAGCCCCUGCCAGCCCCUGUGCUCUCUCUGAGCCCCCGGCACCCUGUGUAUGUGUGGGGAGAGCGGGUGACCCUGGAGUGUUCGGCUCCCAGGGGCCAGGAGGUGGCUGGAUACAGGUUCUACAAGAGACACCGAAGCCAGGCCCCCGAGGAGCUGCCUGCUGGGGCCAUGGGGCCCUUGGAGAUGCUCACAGUGGAGAUGGGAGAUCCCAGUGAAUACAGCUGUGCCUAUUGGGUCCUGCGAGCCAGCCGGGAGAUCCCUUCCCGGGAGAGCCCCCCCGUGCCCAUCGCUAUGAUCGCCCCCCUGCCUGCCCCUCGGCUCACCGCGACCCCCGCACACCCGGUCUACAUGGUGGGAGAAGCCGUGGCUCUGACCUGCUCGAUCCCUGGGGCUCCCACGCUGGCCACGGUUCAGUUCUCCAAGGAUGGAGGGCAGCUGCCCUCGCCUCUGCUCAUCAGCAGCCCCACACUGCAGCUCGCCCGCGUGGGCACGGAGCACGCCGGGGCCUACUCCUGUCGGUACCGGAGGAGGGAGUCCGGGAGAGAGAUCUCAUCCCCCCCCAGUGGGGCCAUCGCCAUCUCCGUGCUGGUUCCCCCAGCUACUCCCCAGCUCUCUGUGUCCCCGUCCCAUCCCGGCUACAUCCCCGGUGACUCCAUCACCCUGAUGUGCUCGGCUCCCGGGGGCCACACGCUGUCCAGGAUCCAGUUUCUCAAGGAGGGUCAGAACCUAGAUUCCCAGAUGCCUGGUCCUGACCCACUAAACCUCAGCCGCGCCCUCCGGCUGCCGCCCCUGGCCCCAUCGCACUCCGGGGCGUACAGCUGUGGGUACUGGUUCCUGGAAUCGGGGCGGGAGAUCCCAUCCAGGCCGAGUCACCCCGUCCACAUCCUGGUGCUGGGCUGCCUCAGCCAUGAGGUCCAGCCCCCACAGAGUGCCAUGGGAACCCCGCACCGCCCCCCUCUGAGCCCGCUACUCCCCAGCCUCCCGCGGCUGCCCCGUGAGAGACCCAUGCCAAACAACAGGAGGUGCUCGUGCAACGUGGUGCCCAUGGGUGGGGCCCGGGCCAUGGGGCUCAACCCUGGGGGGAGCUGGGCUGGGACCUACCGGUGUGGGUAAAGCACAGAGCUCCAUGGGCGCCACCUCCGCUCACCCCCCAGCGAGCCGGUGCCACUGAGCGUGACUGAUCCCCCUCCCCAGCCAGUACUGAGUGUGGAUCCCCCAUCCGGAGUGGUGAGCGAAGGGCUCCCCCUGCUCAUCACCUGCACGGCCCCCGGGGACACCAGCGAGAGGAGGUUUCAUUUCUACAAGGAUGGAGCUGAGAUCAUCUCUGGGGACACAGGGCCUCAGAUCAGCACCACAGAGCCCAGCACCGGCUUGAUGAACUUCUCUGUGCUCAGCGUCCUGCAAGCCAGUCCCAGCAACACUGGGGAAUUCAGCUGUGGGUACGAGGUGAACAUGAGCGGCAGGUGGAUCCCAUCCCCCAGGAGCCAGGCUGUGAAAGUCACUGUGACAGCCUGGUCUCUGCCCGUCCCCAUGGUGGCUGGGUGCGGUGGGGCUGCCACGGCUCUGGCGCUGCUGCUGCUGCUCAUCUACCUCUGCAGGAAGAAGACGGCAGGUGCGUGA